CAAUUACAAGAUCAAAUAAAAUUAAUGUCAAAUGAUACAUAUCGUCAGGAACGUAUUUAUUAUGGUAUUGCAUAUUUUAUAAUAAUAAUAAUAAGUUUUUUUGGUAAUCUAUUGGUUUGUCGUAUUUGUUUGAAAAAAUAUACGAAAACAAAUUCAUUAAUACUGUCAUUAUCAAUAUCAGAUUUAUUGAUGACCGUAUUCAAUAUACCGUUUAAUUUUUUUCGUAUUGCAAAUUUUUCCUGGCCAUUUGGACAACCAAUGUGUUUUAUUGUAAAUUUUGUACAAUAUUUAGUUGUUUAUCUGUCAAGCUAUACAAUGGCUAUUAUUGCUAUACAACGUUAUCAAAGUUUAACCGGUUUUCGUCGUCAUUCAACAUCUGUUGUAAUUGAUAAUAAUCAUAAUCAUAACCAUAAUAAUCAUAAUAGUGAUAAUCAAAUUUAUCAAUUAUAUUUACAAAUAAAAUUAUUAAUAUCAUCUGUUUAUUGUUGUUAUUAUUGUAAAUAUUAUAUAACUAAACAAAUACCGGAUAAUGAUGGUUAUACCCGGCGUACUAUUUAUAUAUUAAUUAUAAUAACAUGGUUAUUAUCAGCAUUAAUAUCAUUAUUAUUUACAUAUUCAUCGGAAGUUGUUGUUACUGAAGAUGCAACAUAUUUAUUAUUAUUUUUUGAUCAAACAACAUUAAAACGUUGUCGUAAUCCAAUCAAUAAAAAUGUACAACAAUUUUUAUUAGAAAAUUUUUCAAUCAAACCAGAUCUAUUUAUAACGGUUACAGUAUUUGUAACACAAUAUUUUAUACCAUUAGCUAUUGUUGGUUAUAUUUAUAUUAAAAUUGGUAAAAUUAUACAACGACAAGGUAAAUUAUAUGAUAAUAGAGGAAAUGCAAAAGCACGUAUCAGACAACGUAAAAAAUUACGUCGUAUAUUAAUGUUAAUAUUAAUGGUUGCUGCAUUUGCUAUUUGUUGGCUACCAUUACAUUUAUUUCAUUUAUUAACCGAUGCUGGAUUUUUACAUUAUAAUUAUCGUAUAUUUAUGAUGGUACAUUGGUUGGCAAUGUCAUCAGUUAGCUAUAAUCCAUUUAUAUAUUGUUGGCUGAAUAAAACAUUUCGUCAUACAGCAAUGAAAAUAUUAUGCUGUGGUCGAAUUGAAUGUUGUCGUUUAAUAUUAUUAAUGAAACAACGUAAACAACGACGAAAACAACAGCAAAAGCAACAAGAUAAAUCAAUUAUGAUGACUGUAAAUCAUCGUAAUCAUCAUCAUCAUCAUCAAAUUGAUAUACAAAGUUCAUUCGAUAAUGAUAAUGAUAACAACAACAACAACAACAAAAACGACAACAACAACUGA